CUUCACUCUCUUUCUCUUUUCUCUCUCUCUCUCUCUCUCGCUCGCUCUUUUUAAUUUUGCCCUCAAACCCUCCGAUUAUUACGAAAACGCUACUGCUCUCUCGCUGUUGGGGGGGAUCCGGUGAGGCCGUUUGGCCGGAAUCUGAGAAGGAGGAGGAGAUGGAUGUCGGAGUGUCUCCGGCGAAGUCUAUACUCGCGAAGCCUCUGAAACUGUUGACUGAAGAGGACAUUUCUCAGCUCACUCGCGAAGAUUGCCGCAAAUUCCUCAAAGAGAAAGGAAUGCGCAGGCCUUCGUGGAACAAAUCUCAAGCGAUCCAGCAAGUUUUAUCACUUAAAGCUCUCUAUGAGCCUGGCGACGAUUCCGGCGCCGGAAUCCUCCGUAAGAUCCUCGUUUCUCAGCCGCCAAAUCCGCCUCAUGUCACAACGACGUCGACUGAGCUAAGCAACGAGUUGGAACCUUGUGGCAAGAAUCUUUUUCAGGAAGAUGAAGGUCCGUGCCAUAGAAGGGAUUCUCCAAGAUCANAUGCU